AAGCCCUAACUCCUUUUAGAGAGACUUAGAAGGCAUAUAAAGGCCCCUGGUUGAGGACUUGCUUCCUCAUUCUGCACUUCGUGCCAGAACUCUCAAUCCUUCUCUGAGAGAAAAUGUCCAUCCAAGUUGAACAUCCUGCUGGUGGUUACAAGAAACUGUUUGAAACUGUGGAGGAACUGUCCUCACCACUCACAGCUCAUGUUACAGGCAGGAUCCCCCUCUGGCUCACUGGCAGUCUCCUUCGAUGUGGGCCAGGACUCUUUGAAGUUGGAUCUGAACCAUUUUACCACCUGUUUGAUGGGCAAGCCCUCCUGCACAAGUUUGACUUUAAAGAAGGACAUGUCACAUAUCAUAGAAGGUUCAUCCGCACUGAUGCUUACGUUCGGGCAAUGACUGAGAAAAGGAUCGUCAUAACGGAAUUUGGCACUUGUGCUUUCCCAGAUCCCUGCAAGAAUAUAUUUUCCAGGUUUUUUUCUUACUUUCGAGGAGUGGAGGUCACUGACAAUGCCCUUGUUAACAUCUACCCAGUAGGGGAAGAUUACUAUGCCUGCACAGAGACCAACUUCAUUACAAAGAUUAAUCCUGAGACCUUGGAGACAAUUAAACAGGUUGAUCUUUGCAACUAUGUCUCUGUCAAUGGAGCCACUGCUCACCCCCAUAUUGAAAGUGAUGGAACUGUGUACAACAUUGGUAAUUGCUUUGGGAAAAAUUUUUCAAUUGCCUACAAUAUUGUAAAGAUCCCUCCACUACAAGCAGACAAGGAAGAUCCAAUAAGCAAGUCAGAGGUCGUUGUACAAUUCCCCUGCAGUGACCGAUUCAAGCCAUCUUACGUCCAUAGUUUUGGUUUGACUCCCAACUAUAUUGUUUUUGUGGAGACGCCAGUCAAAAUUAACCUGUUCAAGUUCCUUUCUUCAUGGAGUCUUUGGGGAGCCAACUACAUGGAUUGUUUUGAGUCCAAUGAAACCAUGGGGGUUUGGCUUCAUAUUGCUGACAAGAAGAGAAGAAAGUAUCUCAAUAAUAAAUACAGGACCUCUUCUUUUAAUCUUUUCCAUCACAUCAAUACUUACGAAGACAGUGAGUUUCUGAUUGUGGAUCUCUGUUGCUGGAAAGGAUUUGAAUUUGUGUAUAAUUACCUAUAUUUAGCCAAUUUACGUGAGAACUGGGAAGAAGUGAAAAAAAAUGCCAGAAAGGCUCCCCAGCCUGAAGUCAGGAGAUACGUACUUCCUCUGAAUAUUGACAAGGCUGACACAGGCAAGAAUUUAGUCACACUCCCCAACACAACUGCCACUGCAAUUCUGUGCAGUGACGAGACUAUCUGGCUGGAACCUGAGGUUCUCUUUUCAGGGCCUCGCCAAGCAUUUGAGUUUCCUCAAAUCAAUUACCAGAAGUAUGGUGGGAAACCUUACACAUACGCGUAUGGACUUGGCCUGAAUCACUUUGUUCCAGACAGGCUCUGUAAGCUGAAUGUUAAAACUAAAGAAACUUGGGUAUGGCAAGAGCCUGAUUCAUACCCAUCAGAACCCAUCUUUGUUUCUCACCCAGAUGCCUUGGAGGAAGAUGAUGGUGUAGUUCUGAGUGUGGUGGUGAGCCCUGGGGCAGGACAAAAGCCCGCUUAUCUUCUGAUUCUGAAUGCCAAGGACUUGAGUGAAGUUGCCAGGGCUGAAGUGGAGAUUAACAUCCCUGUUACCUUUCAUGGGCUGUUCAAAAAAUCUUGAGCACAUUCCAGCAAAUUAUAUUUCUAUUGACAGAACUAAGAGAAACAGUCAGGUCUGCAAUCAAAUUCUGUUCAAUUUUAGCCUGCUGUAUUAUAUGGUUUUAACUUGCAGAUGCACACAAUUUUUGCAAUAUUUUACAGAAAGCACAAAGUUGAGCAAGCAAUUCCUUUACAAAAAAAAAAAAAAGUACGUAUUUAGAUAAUCAUGCUUUCUCUGA